UUUCUUGCUGGACUUUCAACCUCUUCCACCUAUCAAUCCUAACAUUAACGAAAAUAAUAAAAUAGUAUGGUCUAAAAAGACAUGAUAUCAAAAAGCAAAAUACCAAGUCCCGACCCCAAUAAUGGAUUGGACUCAUUUAUAUAAAUCAUCAUCUUCGCUAAAAUAGUGGUGCAAUUUCCUUUAAGCAAUAUAUAUAACACAAUAAUUGAACUCAAUCAAGGAAGCUGGGCAUUAGCAUACGGAGAGGAAAUAUGUGGGGUUCGGGAGUAACAGCAGUAAUGCUCACAAUGGAGUUCUUGGAGGUAGCCAUGAACACUGUAAACAAAGCAGCCAUGAGUAAAGGCAUGAGUCAUUUUAUACUUGUGGUUUACUCUAACAUGCUUGCCGUUUUCUUGCUUCUUUCAUCUUCUUUCUUCUUCUACAGAAAAAGAAUCGCUCCACCGAUUACAUGGUCCAUACUGGGAAGAAUUUUUGUGCUUAGUCUGCUGUGCUGUGCCGGUCAGGUGUUUACUUACAUUGGGUUAGGAUACAGCUCCCCAACUCUGGCCUCGGCGAUGACUGAUUUAACUCCAGCUUUUACUUUCAUGCUUGGAGUCAUCUCAAGGAUGGAAAGACUGGAUUUGAGAAGCAAAAGCAGUCAGGCCAAGUCUAUUGGCACCAUGGUAUUGAUCACAGGGGGAUUAGUUGUGACAUUAUACAAAGGUCUGCCAAUUACAGGCUCUCCAUCUUCAAGUAAUAAAUUACAGAAUGAGCUGCUUCUUUUGCCUUCAUCAAAAUGGGUCAUUGGAGGAUUUUUCCUUGCAGCUCACAGUUUCAUCCUGGCACUAAUUUUUAUUAUCCAGACAUGGAUAAUCAGGGACUACCCAUCGGAGAUUCUCAUUACACUCAUUACCUGUGGAUUUGUGACCAUCCUAUCAGCUACAAUAUCUUUGAUCGCUGAGGAAGAUCCAGAUGCUUGGAGAAUAAGGCCUAAUAUUGACUUGGUAGCUAUUGGGUUCUCGGCAGUGUUUGCAGUAUCACUUCGAAGCAUUGUUCAUACAUGGGCAUGCCACAAGAAAGGGCCUGUCUAUACUUCCAUGUUUAAACCAAUUGGGAUGGUUAUAGCAGUAUUCAUGGGGGUGUCUUUUCUGGGGGAUACUCUCCAUCUUGGAAGUGUGAUAGGAGCUGUUAUUAUUGCCUUGGGGUUUUAUGCUGUGGUAUGGGGGAAAAGCCAAGAGGAGAGAACUGUUGAAGACAAAGAGAAGUGCAGCUUCGAGUCAUCUUCCCCGAAAGUCCCUCUUCUGCAGAACAAAUGCACAAAUGUAUAGCAUUUUUGCAUGAAAAUUAUACUAAAGUCUAAAUGAAACUUCACUAUACAUAGAUCAUGUCCAUUUGUUGGGCACAUAAAUAUAUGAUAAGCUUUAAUCAAGGAAAAAUAUAUACGAUUAAUUUAUUUA